CGAACAAUAAUGACGACAAUGUUUUUACAUUUCACUUUGCAUUAAUCAUUGAUUCAAUGAUGUAAACUCCUUGCUGUCAAUAAAUAUAUUCAUAAGUGACUGUAACUUAGUGUAACUGUGACUACAUAGUACAUAGUUUUUUUUUUUUAGGGCAGGGCCUUCGCCUUCUAAAAUUUAAAAUAAAUUAUAAUACAAUGAUUAUGGUGAUGAAACGAUAACAUACAGUUAUACAGUUUUUUUUUUUUAAAAAAAAGCAACAUUUAUUUAAAAUUAAAAAUAACCGAAAAGGUUAAAGGAAGUAUAAUAAUAAUAUAGGCCUAAGUUAGUGUGACCAAAUCAUGAACUGGAAAAGACGGGACACAACCAAGGUGGGUUGUUAGGGAGAAUACCCUCCAGCUAAAGAGGCGACUGGGGGCCUCCACCGGAAACUUAAAAAAAAAAAAUAUUUUAACUAUUUUGAGAUCUAGAAAUCUUUUUAAAAUUUACCCUCACUUUUAAAAUUUAAUUUUAACUGUGAGGCAUAUGGCAUAUCAUAAACUAACAAUACUUUUGCAGACAAAUUAAAUUACCAAUUUCUCUAGUAUAGGAUUUAAUAUGUUGUCCCAGCCAUUCAUUGUUAAAACCUCCUUACUUAUCUAAUAUAAAGUUGUAAAAACUAGAACAGUCCAUUUCGAAAUUUUAGAGAACCUGCAGGAUUGCAGAAAGGGUCUCCACUCUCAUCUUGUUUCUUUCGUCCGUCCAUUGAAUGUUCAUGAGCGAAAAGAUUCUUAUCAUUAUGGGCAGGGAUCGCAGAGUGGUGGAGGGGGAACAGAUCACGUGAGCCCACAUCACUACUCAGCUGGCACUGGCUACACUUACACAGCUAGCCAAAAUAUUAUUUGAAGUUAUAUUAUAAAUUAUGAAGUUUUAGUGAUUUGAAAAUGUGUUUUGUUUUAGAAACGAGACAUUUAGGUGUACUGAGAGACUAUUUCGGGACACCGGGUACCGGUACGAUCGUGAAAAAAUUGGACAAUCCCAUUUUUACGGGACGUUUUGUCACCCUAGCCUAAGUGUAAGUAGAGCAUAAUUUAAGGUAGGGGAAAACCUGAAAAAAAAAAAGGAAACAACGGGUCGGACGUAUCGGCAAAAAAACUUCUUCAGCCAACAAAUGCGUCACACAAUUUUUGGAGAAAAUAAUACUCCCACCCUCCCCCAGUAUGUCACACUUUCGAAUUAAAUUUGAAAAAAAAAAUUAAUUUAAUCUAAAAAACAUUUAUGGUACUUUUAAAUAUUGAGUAUAAAGUGAAAUAAUUUUCGGAAUACAAUACAUCAAUCACAACAGAGGGUUUAACAUCAAUGUGAAUUCAAUUAUUCAAUUUCAGGUUUUAUUUGUAUGAUAGAAAAAUAAAAAAUGUGUUAUUUCACACAAGAUUUUUACCCCCUGCCCUAGUCACAAAUUGUCACACUUUUUUUUAGACCCUCUACCUCUCUCCAGAGCCUUGACAUACUUUAUUGCCCAAAUCAAAUUGACUUAUUACAUGCUGUAUAGAAUUGACCAUAUUCUAUAGACGAUACAAAUUUAAUUAUAUAAAAUUAAAAUACAAUAUUUAAAAAAGACUUAGGUCUAGGUCACUAUUAUGAGUACUAUGACAAUAUACUUAAAAUAAUUAAGAUAUAUAAGCCUAUCGCUUUAGUUUAGUAAGUUUUGAGUUUGUAGUGCAAUUAAUUAGUUUAUAGUUAUAUAUAUUAUAAUAAUAUUAUAUAAGCCCAUAUAUAUAAUAUUAAAUUUCAAUUAAUUUUUAAAAAUAUUUUUAAAAUCAUUAGGGCUAACUAAACAUUAUAAUUUAUUUAAAUUACAGGAAAAUUACAAUUAACAGAUGCUAAGGGAACAUCAUAACAGAGAUGAUGCUAAGGAGAUAUUGGAGUGAUACAUUAUUUUAUCGACUGAUUUAUUUCUUAAAGUUAAAGGCACUGCUUCAAAUUAUUUUAACAAUUUUUAUUCUGAGAAACUCAGUAACAAUAGCAGUCUCAUGGAUUUCAGUUAUAUCGAGCAUUUGUUUGCUAUGUAAGUAGAGUAUUUAGACCUAACUUUUAUUCAUGAUAAACAUUGUUUGAAAUGUGUGAUGAAUAACUGUUCUGGUUAUUUAUGGAAGGAAAAAAUCAGCGUUGGUGCUGUCUGUCAAUUUAUGGCGUGCUUGUUAAAUGCUGAAUGCCACAUAUUUAACAAUUUUUAAUUGAAGUAUGCACUAUGUUGUAGUUCUUUGAUGACCUCAGUUGCGUUGCUAUACAGAUAAAGUAAUAGUUUGGAAAUGUUUCUACUUAUAUACAUAACUUGCAUCUUGAUCCUCUACCAAAAAAUGGACAGUCCCAUUGUCACCUUCAAUUUAAACACCAACUCUCAUUUCCAUCAAAUUUUAACUUUCACAUUUACUUAAACUUAAACCCUUUUGAUAAAGUAAAUCAAUUCAAAUGCCUAGGAUCUUUAUUAAAUGAAAAAAAACUAAUUACUAACAGAAAUAAAAGAAAGAAAAUCAGCCAGAAAUAGGGCAUACUUCAGUAGUUACAAAAUACUCAAAAGAAAAAACAUAAGAAAAGCAAAGAAAACUAUAUAACUUAUAACUGGUAAAAAACUUUAAUCAAACCAAUAGUAACAUAAGCCAGUGAAACAUGGACUGUAAAAAAUCCAGUAGAAACCUAUUAAACACAUGGGGGGGGGGGGAGAGAAAAGUUCUCCUGACAAUAUUCGGACCAACAGAAGAUGAAUAUAGAUGGAGACUAUAAACCAACCAGGAAUUGUAUGGAAUAUACCUGGAUCCCAUGCUUGUAAACUUGUCUUCUUCUUCUUAUGCCUUCCUACCCCGUCUGGGGCAUAGGCCGUCUACAAGAACUUUCCUCUCAUCACGGUCCUGUGCUUUCCUUUCCAAUUGCUUCGGUGUAUCCCAUAUUUUGCGUGUCUGCCUCUAGCUCGCAUCUCCAUGUAUUCUUAGGCCUUCCUCUCUUUCUUUUUCCCUGUGGGUUCCAUGUUAGUCAUUGUCUGGUGGUGCUGUCUGGGCGUUUUCGGAGCAUAUGCCCUAUCCACCUCCACCUUUUCUUCAUGAUACAUUCAUCUAUGGGCACCUGGUAUGUCCUUUCUAGUAGAUCUUUGUUAUUGAUAGUAUUUGGCCAUUUGAUUUUCAGGAUCUUUCUAAGGCAUGUGUUUAUGAAUGUCUUGUAAGCUUGUAGCUGAAAUAAAAAAGGCCAGGCUGUGCAGGUCAGGACACUUUGAAAGAAUGCUAGUCCGAUCCGAUCUCGGAAUAAUCUCUCGAACUGCAGUGAUCUAAGCUUGCUUUUUCGGGCUAGCCUGUGUGUCUCAGCUGUGGCUAUCCUACUGGCUUCAUGAGAUUGAGCCCCCUUCUUGACAGCCGAUCUCCACCUGACUUUGUCGUGGGUUGUCUGCACCCAUUCAAUAGGGUUGAUGCUGAAGGCCUUUAGUGCCACUUUCAAUGCGUCUUUGUAAUGCUUUUUUUGACCUCCUUUGGAUUUCUUGCCUAUCAUGAGUUCUCAGAAGAAUAUCUGUUUAGGGAGCUGGUUGUCUUUUAUACAGGCUAGGUGUCCCAUCCAAUGGAGUUGAGACUGCAUCAGGGUGGUGAAGAUGCUAGAUAGGUUUGCUCCAGCGAGGACCUCCGUGUCAGGCACUUUGUCUUGCCACCUGAUUCCGAGGAGUUUCCUGAGGCAGGUUGUGUGAAAAUUGUUUUGUUUCUUACAUGGGCUGCAGUGCCACAGGGAGGGAUGGAUUUACUAACACCUGACCAGUGUUAACGCCUGACCAAAAGCGCCUCUAUUCCCUGCCUUCUAUACAUUGUCAUUUCAAUGAAUUUCAAAGAAAUUUUAGAUCACCUGCUUCUGAUUCUAAGAAUUAUUUCCUCUCCCCAAAGUAAAAUAGGCCUAUAUUAUUAAUGAGAUUUGUGACAUAGGUAGACAUGCCAUUACUUAAAGCCUUAUGCUAAACUUAUAGCAUAUGUAAAUUAUGUUUACUAUCUUAUAAAAGGAUAACUGGUCAAAUAAAGACUAUAUUUUUAGAAAUUAUGCAUACAAUGUAGGUUGAGACUACUGUGUGUGUAGGAGGGGGGCACAGUAAUUACCGAUUGUACUACCUGUACCAUAUAAUUUGUAAUGAGGGUAUUUACAGGAUUGUAGUAAUUUGCACAACAUGACUAUCUUGUUGUACAGAUAAUCAAUUAGGCUAGAUAUGCACUUAUAAUUUAUAAUGUAUUAUAUAGAUAUAUUAUGUGGUUGAAAUAAACUAAGUCCAAGGGUCUGCAAACUAGUAAUAUAAGAACUUACACUUACAUUAUAUUGAAAAUAUGCUCUGGCUUUGCUUUACAAAAAAAAAAGUAAGGGAACAUAUAAUAAGGUAUUUAGUACACAUCCGCGGCUUCUAAACAGCUGCGCUCAAGACACAUCUCUUCAUACUCUACUAUCCUGAUAGAUUCCCAGCCCCCUCUCUGACCGAUGCGGCUGGGUGCCGUCCAUGGCUUGACAUGUAAAUAGUUCUGAGGUGGGCAGGCUGAAUAUAUAAUUUUUGUUUUUAAACAGCUGUUUUUUAAUUAAAUAAAUACCAGUGCCGGUAUAUGGAAAUUUUUUAAUGUCAUAAUUAUGUUUGUUAAUAUUUUUAUGUGCAGCGCUGUGAGCCCAGCUGCGGUACCAUGCUAUAUAAGACCACUGUAAUAAUAAUAAUUUAAAAUUACAAAUAACUACACAAAUAAUUAUUUGAGAAAAUUAAAUUGUUGUGAUAUCAAAUCAUGGAAUAACUAUUUUAUAAUCAAUCUAUAUUUCUUAGUGACAGUCCCAUGGACAUGGACACAGAUACAAAAAAUUACACAUUAUAUGUGUCCAAAACAUGUUGAUUUUGAUCUUAGUAUAAACCCUUUUAAAGGGAAAAUGGGGCCUGGCUACUUGACUGCAAACAAAGAGAUAGAAAUAGCUGUAUCUGUCUCUGACUUAGUAUUGUAUGAUGCCAGCCACACAUCAUCACUGAAGAAUUUUGGAAAAAUUAAAAAAGAAACUGAAUGUAUUUUUGCCAAAAGAGCAAAGCUGUGGGGAUCCCCUGAUUAUGAUGAAGAUAUAUCUUUAG